AGACGGUUCUGGAUUACGGCCAAUGCGCAUGCGCAGAUGACGGGAGUCACUCCUUUCAAGAGCGCGCACGCCAGUGGAAAGUUUCAUCGUCACUGGCGGCGUCGCGCAUCCGAGGGACAGCAUUCACGAGGGAGAACGAUCUGAAAUCAACACGCAGAAAUGGGUCGCCUAACAGUACUAGUACUGUUACUCUGUCUGACUCUUGUGGUGUCAGGUGUGGCCAAACGAGGGGGUAGCAGUAAAGGCGGAUCCAGCUGGGGCAAAAGUGGCGGAAGCUCAAACAAAGGUGGAAGCAGCACAGGAAACCAAGGUAGCAGCAGCAAUAAAGGCACUUCAUCACGUGGUGGGACACACUCGUCCCCUGGAAACUAUCCUCGGCAACCCCAAGUACCAAACCAGAAUCCACCGCCCUACCCUGGUACUGGUGGUGGGUCUCCGGGGCAGGGCAGAUAUCCACCAGCAGGCUCUAACCCAGGUCAAGGAUACCCUAACCAAGGUAGCUACCCAGGACGUGCUGGCAAUCCGGCCCAAGGUGGUAACCCGGCCCAAGGUGGUUACCCCGCCCAAGGUGGUUACCCCGCCCAAGGUGGUUACCCGCCCCAAGGUGGUUACCCCGCCCAAGGUAACUACCCAGGGCGUAGUGGUUACCCAGGACAAGGUGGUUACCCAGCACAAGGUGGUUACCCAGGGGGAGGAUCAUAUCCAGGAGCAGGUUCGAACCCCAACAGGUACCCUGGACAAGCCGGAGGAUAUGGAAAUCCUUACCCAGCUGGAGGCUCUUAUCCAGGUUAUCCAGUCCGUGGAGGUUCCAGCCCUAACCAGUUUGGUGGAGGUAUUGCAGGAGCAGGUGCAGGUGCAGGUGGAUAUCCAGGAGCGGCACAAUAUCCUUACUGGAACCCCAAAAACAAAAUUAUGAGCCCAGGCUACGGUGGCAACUAUGGUAGUUAUGGGCAAGGUGGCAGAUCACCUUUCGCCCAGUCAGUGCAGAACAUGGGUAUGGCCCCUUCAUAUAAAUCAAAGGGGUUUGGCAAGCAGGCGAUUAUGGCGGCUGGGGUUGGGGCGGUGGCUGGUAUGGCUCUGGGAUAUGGCCUCGGAAGUUUCCCCCGCCCCCGUUUCAAUUUCCACAACCCACAGGAGGAAUACUACUACAAUAACUACAUGUACAAACGUUAUGGCCAACCUCCUCCUGACGGGAACGUGAAUGGGAACACUAACUCUCAAGGUCGAAGCCCAGGCGAUGCAGGAUCGACCUCUGCCGGACAAGGAAACAUUAACCCUCAUGACAUCUUCCAGAAUCCUCCACCGCAGUCCUAUGAUAGCUUCAUGGACAAGUGUAUGAAGAGGACAGACUUGCUCCGAGAGAAAACGGGAGGAAGAUCGAGGAGAUCCACUGACUUAGAUGAGGCUCAAGCAGCAGAAGUAGGCGAUGAUCCUACUGGUGCUCAAGAAAACACCACAAGCAACAAUAGCACUGCAGAAAGAGACAAAUCCGGAACCUCUUCAGUUGUAACGUCAAGUCCACCCGAAACACCAAGUGAAUCUCAAAAGCAAACCCAGGAAAGAAUAUCUGAUGAUGAUGAUGAUGACGAGGUUAGCAUUUUGGAGAUCGGCUAUCCUGUGCUAAUUGAGCAAAUGAAAGCACGGCGUUGUGUCGAGCUCUACAUGGUCUAUGCUGAACAGCAUGCAGAAAAACAGGUGCAAGAUCGCAGUAACAUAGAUGAUAGAACCAGCAACAGUAGUGCUGACAUAUCUCGACCCUUCAACCAUGGAGUCAUGCUGCUCUUUACUAGCAUUCUGUCGCUUAUCUUCAGUUUCCUUCUACACUGAAAUUCUGGAAAAAGUUACACAUAAAGCCAUCGAGUCAGACUGAGAAAUGGAUAGUUCGCACCUUUAACAUUUUAUUUGAGGAAUUCGUCUAGGAUCUUUAGAGACUUUGGACAAGGUAUUCUCGAAACAAUACUUGAAGAUUCAACAGAAAGUACUGACACUUCUCACAAUGACUCCUGUAUAGUUACUCUACUAAAUUGCAACAUGAGCCACCUAACAAUUUAUCAUGAGCCCACAUCUUAAAGCAAUUUCUAAAGUAACUAAAAACAUUUGCAUACAUCUACUUUUUACAGUGUUCCCAUCCCAUCACUGCCAUAUUCUUGCAUGUGUUUUGGUGACAGCAUGUCGCAUGAACCCUUUAUUAUCUUCAGUUUAAACAAAAUUGUGCAUGGCAGUGGCAUUUGACUUAUUGUUUUCCACUGGCAACAGCAAUUACAACUAACCAUGAUUAUUUUGUUGUAGCUUCCAGUUCUGUUCUCAUGGCAGUUCUUUUUGAGAACAGCUCUGUUCUGUGUUCUGAUGGCAAACCUAUAUGUGUAGUAAAAUUUUGUGUUGUAGUGUUACCCUUUCGUUGUUUGGACUGUUAACUUAGGGAUUAACUCUCUACUGAUGUAUUUAUUUCUUUUAAAUUAUAAUUAGAAAUUAUAAUUGUGUUUUUAUUUCAUUCCACCUUCUCUAACUCUCAUGUUUUUAAAAGUGAAAACACUCUCCGUGUGAAAGGCUCCUUACUGAAUGUUUUUGUGAUCACAACUGUUUGGUUUUUAACUCCGUAUGUCCGAUAACCCUUUCCUUGUCGAUUUAAUUCAUAUCAGUUGUACAUUAAAUAUAACACUAAUGCAGGUCAGUUUAAUGAGAUAAAUCAGCAUUUUAUAAAAAGCUGGAUCUUUAUCAGUUGCUUGGUGCUGUGGUUUCUCUGAAUAUAAGUGCUGAACAUUCAAGUAGAUUAUCAUCACAGCUUGGCACUCUGCUAAAUCAUUUAUCUAGAAGGACUGUGUCGAGCACUGGAUGACCAGUUGAAGGCAAUGCUUAACGCCUUUAUUGUUACUCAACUGCAUAUGUAUUGUUAUGCCUUUGAGAUGUUGUGAAUGUUGAAACUGUGUAUAAUGUUUCCAUCACUGGGAUUAAAGUGAUUAAAUGCACCUUA